AUUUUGAGCAAUCAAGUGAACCAUCUACUUUCUUUACCCUCUUUUGUUUAUUAUUAUUUUUUUUUGUCUUUUUUUUUUCUUUGACUCUUUUGUAUACGACUUCAUUAGUUGAUCCAUCGAUUAUACUUACAAAAUCUCAAAUAAAUAUAUACAGUAGUAGAACGACUCUGCAUCAUGGAUGAAAACUACAACUUCACUGAAACUGAAUACUUUUUACCUGAAGCCGAAGCUGGUUAUGAAGAAGAACCAAUAACUCAAGAAGAUUGUUGGUCUGUCAUUUCUUCCUUCUUUGAUGAAAAAGGUUUGGUACGACAACAACUGGAUUCUUUUGACGAAUUUGUACAAAACACCAUGCAAGAACUUGUCGAUGAAAACUCUAAUCUCGUUUUGCAACAUGUUGGCGGUGAUGGUGAUGUUACGAAACGUUAUAUCAUUGAAUUCGGUCAAAUUUAUCUCUCAAAACCCACCAUGACUGAAGCAGAUGGUAGUACUCAACCUAUGUUUCCUCAAGAAGCACGUAUUAGAAACUUGACUUAUGCCUCACCUCUAUAUGUUGAUAUGAAAAAACGAACACAAAUUGCUAUUCCUCAAGAUCCCAACAAGCCCAUUAGAAAUCCAAAUGACUUAUUUGUUGAUGAAAAUGGUCCUGAUGGUGCACCAUGGAUCAAAGUUUUUAUCGGCAAGGUACCAAUUAUGCUUCGAUCGACUUACUGUAUUCUACACGACAUGCCUGAAAGCGAAAUGCACGAAUUAAAUGAAUGCUCUUUUGAUAUGGGCGGUUACUUUGUCAUAAAUGGAUCUGAAAAAGUAUUGAUUGCUCAAGAACGUAUGGCUACCAACACAGUAUAUGUAUUUUCGAAAGCACCUCCAUCCAACAUUCAAUAUACAGCGGAAAUUCGAUCUCAAGCUGAAAAAGGAUCAAAGAAUGCUUCACCUUUAUCUAUUAAAAUGAUGCGAUCUUCUGCUGAACGUGGUUCAAGUGGUCAAUGUAUACGUGCUACCUUACCUUAUAUUAGAUCAGACGUACCUAUUGUUGUAGUUUUCCGUGCUUUAGGUCAAGUAUCUGAUCGUGAUGUAUUGGAACAUAUUUGCUAUGACCGAGGAGAUUAUGAAAUGCUGGAACUACUCAAACCCUCUAUCGAAGAAGCUUUCGUCAUUCAAGAUCAAGAUGUUGCAUUGGAUUAUAUUGGCAAGAGAGGUACUACUGUGGGUGCUACUCGGGAACGACGUGUCAAGUAUGCUUCAGAAAUCUUACAAAAGGAAUUACUACCUCAUGUUGGUACAGCGUAUAAGACUGAAACUCGGAAAUCAUACUUCUUUGGUUAUAUGAUCCAUCGAUUAUUACUAGCAGCUCUGGAAAGACGGGAGCUUGAUGAUCGUGAUCAUUAUGGCAAAAAGCGUAUGGAUUUGGCUGGUCCUCUCAUGGCUGGGUUAUUCCGAUUACUAUUCAAGAAACUGACAAAGGAUGUGGCUAAAUAUUUACAAAAGUGCAUAGAAUCAAGUCGUGAAUUCAAUCUUACACUUGCAGUCAAAUCAAAUACUAUAACCAAUGGUUUGAAAUAUUCGUUGGCCACUGGCAAUUGGGGUGAUCAAAAGAAAGCUAUGCAAUCAAGAGCUGGUGUUUCUCAAGUCUUGAAUCGGUACACAUUUGCUUCUACUUUAUCACAUUUACGUCGUUGUAAUACACCUAUUGGUCGCGACGGGAAAAUUGCAAAGCCUCGUCAAUUACAUAAUACUCAUUGGGGUUUGGUUUGUCCAGCUGAAACACCAGAAGGUCAAGCGUGUGGUCUCGUCAAGAAUCUGGCACUUAUGUCUUAUAUAUCCGUUGGAUCAUCCGCCAAACCAGUGGUCAUGUUUUUGGAAGAAUGGGCUAUGGAAAAUUUGGAAGAAUUAAAUCCUCGAACUAUUGCUGAUGCUACCAAGGUCUUUGUCAAUGGUGUUUGGAUUGGUGUUCAUCGUGAUCCUGGAGAAUUGGUGAAUGCUCUUAAACAAAUGCGAAGAUCGGUGGAUAUAUCUCCUGAAGUUAGUAUUGUACGAGAUAUUCGUGAAAAAGAAUUACGGAUGUACACAGAUGCUGGUCGAUGCUGUAGACCUCUCUUUUUGGUGGAUAAUCAACAAUUGCGUAUGUCUCGUGAUACAUUAAUGCGUUUACAAGAUCCUGAAGAUGACUAUCGCUGGCAAAAUUUGGUGGCCGACGGUAUUGUGGAAUAUGUAGAUGCUGACGAAGAAGAAACUGCAAUGAUUUGUAUGACUCCUGAAGAUUUGAAUGAAUCGCAUAUGGCCGCUCAAUAUGGUGCUCCUCUUCAACAAACUCGUGAUCUCGCUAGUCGUGUCAAGAGUCAGACUGGAAACUACUCUCAUACCUGGACCCAUUGUGAAAUUCAUCCUAGUAUGAUUCUUGGUAUUUGUGCAAGUAUUAUUCCAUUCCCUGAUCAUAAUCAAUCACCACGAAAUACAUAUCAAUCUGCAAUGGGUAAACAAGCUAUGGGUGUAUACCUCACCAAUUUCCAAACCCGAAUGGACACAUUAGCCAAUAUCUUGUAUUAUCCUCAAAAACCUUUGACAACAACUAGAUCAAUGGAAUUCUUACGCUUCCGUGAACUACCAGCUGGACAAAAUGCUAUUGUUGCUAUUUUAUGUUACUCUGGAUACAAUCAAGAAGAUUCCGUUAUUAUGAAUCAAAGUAGUAUUGAUCGAGGUCUUUUCCGAAGUUUAUUCUUCAGAACUUACAUGGAUGCAGAAAAGAAGGCGGGAAUGAUGUUUAUGGAAGAAUUCGAAAAACCAACACGGGAUAACACUUUACGACUGAAGCAUGGCACUUACGAAAAACUAGAAGAUGACGGAUUGAUUGCACCUGGUACGCGGGUUUCUGGAGACGAUAUCAUCAUUGGUAAAACAGCACCUAUUCCUCAAGAAUCUGAAGAAUUGGGACAACGAACACAAUCACAUAACAAACGGGAUGCAUCAACGCCUUUACGAAGUACAGAAACUGGUAUUGUGGAUCAAGUCAUGUUGACAACAAAUCAAGAUGGACUCAAGUUUGUUAAGGUACGAGUACGAUCUACACGUGUACCACAAAUGGGCGACAAGUUUGCUUCUCGUCAUGGUCAAAAAGGUACUAUUGGUAUUACAUAUCGCCAAGAAGAUUUCCCAUUCACAGCUGAAGGUAUCACACCAGAUUUGAUCAUCAAUCCUCACGCCAUUCCUUCUCGUAUGACUAUUGGACACAUGAUUGAAUGUUUACUUGGUAAGGUAUCGACAUUGACUGGAAAUGAAGGGGAUGCUACACCAUUUACCGAUGUCACAGUGGAAGCCAUUUCUCAAGCUCUGGCAGCACAAGGAUAUCAAUCUCGUGGAUUUGAAGUUAUGUAUAAUGGUUUCACUGGUCGCAAACUUAACGCCCAAAUCUUCCUUGGUCCUACAUAUUACCAACGUUUGAAACAUAUGGUGGAUGACAAGAUUCAUAGUCGUGCUCGUGGUCCAGUACAAAUCUUGACAAGACAACCAGUGGAAGGUCGAUCAAGAGAUGGUGGUUUACGUUUUGGUGAAAUGGAACGUGAUUGUAUGAUUUCUCAUGGUGUGGCACAGUUCUUGAAGGAACGAUUGUUUGAUGCUUCUGAUGCUUAUCGUGUCCAUGUAUGUGAUAUCUGUGGUUUGAUGGCCAUUGCCAAUCUGAAGAAGAGCAAUUUUGAAUGUCGAUCUUGUCGUAACAAAACUAGAAUCUCUCAAGUUCAUAUCCCUUAUGCAUGCAAGUUACUCUUCCAAGAACUCAUGGCAAUGAACAUUGCUCCUAGAAUGUUUGUGGAUGCCGAUGGUUAUUAAGUAGUAUAAUGGUUAACCUCGAUAAAAAAGGAACGUGCUUUUUUUUUUUUUUGUUUUUAGUUAAGUUUUAUAUUAGGGUUUAUACUUUUUUUUU